AAUUGAAUUAUGUAUGCAGCAAUUCCCAACCUGUGAUGAUGGUGCCGUUAAGUUGUGUGAAGCAAUUAUUGAGCAAGCAGUGGUGAUCAUUCAUUGAUGGCGAGUUCUUCUUCUGAUCCUCAAAACUUGAUAACCAAAGCUGAUAACUUAACAACGCUUAGUUUCACAAGGUGGAAUGCAGAUUGGAUAAAUGCUACUGUCCUUUAUGAGCAAGCUGCCAAUGCAUUUAAAAUUGCCAAAGACUACGAAAGAGCGAAAUCAGCAUAUGAGAAAGCUUCUAAGGGACAAGAGAUGCUUUCUUCACCAUGGGAGGCAGCUAAGAACAUGGAAUCUGCGGGGGCUAUGUCAAAGGAACUGAGAAACUGGAGAGAAGUUGGAGACUUUUAUCGAAGAGCAUCUGAAUUGUACAUUGAAUGUGGAAGAUCACAGGCUGCUUCAGAUGCUCUUGCAAAGGGAGCCCGUGCUUUGGAAGAUUCCCAGCCUGAAGAAGCUAUUAAGCUAUAUACUGAUGCUUGUACAAUACUUGAAGAGGAUGGAGGAGAACAAAUGACCUUUGAUCUAUAUCGUGCUGCCGCUAGUGUUUAUAUAAAACAAGAGAAAUAUACAGAUGCUGCAUCUUUCCUGUUGAAAUUAGGCUUAGCAGCUGACAAGUGCAAUGCUACUAAUAGCCAGACCAAGGCAUACCUAAGUGCAAUUAUUGUCUAUCUUUAUGCUCAAGACUUUAAGCAAGCUGAGAAGUGUUACAAUGAUUGCUCUCAGAUUGAUGGUUUUCUCAGAAAUGACCACGGCCGUUGUGCUAGCAAGCUUCUAACUGCAUUCAAAGAUGGAGACAUUGAAGAAAUCAAACGAAUAACUCAAUCCAGCAUUAUUUCAAAUCUUGAUCAUGUAAUAAUUAGGCUUGCAAGAAAAUUGCCUAUGGGAGAUGUAAAUGCAUUGAAGGCUAACAGUGACACUAUCAAAGAUGAAGAGGAACCACUGGAUGAAAAUGAUCUUACUUGAUCUUCAAUAUUCUUAAGCUUUAAUCCCUCUUCCCCCCAACCUCUUUUUCUUUCUAUUAACUAUUUGUAGGAAAGAAAAGAUUGGCAAUCAUAUUUAUAUAAAGCAUUUAUGUCAGUUUGUUUGGGAGAA